AUGGCAUUAGGAUGGGUGUUGAAACCUCUCGCUCUAGCCUCCACAUUGGCCCUAUCCACUCUCGGUGUCUUGUCUAGGAAAUACAAAAGAGCAAGAUUCUACUAUCAUCUCACUCUAUACAUCUGUACUUUAGGUGCAGCAAGCUUUUGGGGCGUGGUGGUCAGUAUAUUAGCCACUGUAGCUGGACAACGGUUGAAUAUCAAUUACCUCGUCGCUAGGUCGUUCUAUCUCGCUUGUUCACCUGCAGUAGGAAUCACAUUCGAUGUAGAAGGCGAAGAACACUUGACUGGAUUGUUAACGGCUAGAGGUGGUAAAGAACAAAGUGCUGUAUUAGUUGGUAACCACCAAAGUUUCCUCGAUAUUCUGUAUUUAGGUCGGAUAUUCCCUAAAAGAGCUGCUAUCAUGGCUAAACGAGAACUCAAAUAUACGCCUCUUUUGGGUCAAUUUAUGUCCUUGUCAGGAGCUGUCUUUGUCAAUCGAUCAAAUCGAACCGAUGCUAUGGCAGCACUCCAAGCUGCAGGAGACGACAUGAAGAAGAAAGGUGUAUCGUUAUGGGUAUUCCCAGAAGGAACCAGAUCAUCUUCAGCAGAACCGACGUUAUUACCAUUCAAAAAAGGAGCAUUCCAUUUAGCUGUAGAAGCUCAAGUACCGAUAGUCCCUGUCGUUGUGGAGAACUAUCAUAGAUUGUUUGAUGGAAGAACGAGGUUUGAUUGCGGUACAUUGAAGAUCAAAGUAUUACCUCCUAUUUCAACAAUUGGACUUUCAUCAGAAGACGUCACUAAAUUAUCUGAAGAUACAAGAGAAAAAAUGUUGAGCACGCUCAAAGAGAUAUCAGCCCCUAGUCCUUCUGCAUUGUCUUCCCUAUCAGGAAACCAGGCUCAACCGGAGGUGAUAGAAUCCGAGAAAGCUGUCGAGAAAGAGGACGAAGAAAAGAAGGAUGAAAGUAUACAUCUCGAUAUUGAAAAGCCGCCAAUAGUACAGGAUGGCUUGAGGAGAAGACAGACUGAUGAAAUGACAAAUACAAGUAAGAGCUCGAAGAAUGGUGGUGAUUCCACUGAAGAUGAAAUGGAUGAUGAUGCAGUCUUACUCAGAAGACCAAAGGCUUCAGCUUCAAGUUCAGCUUCAGCUUCCACGUGA